AUGAAUCUUUUCACUCGUUUUUGGAAAUGGCUACUCAGUCUGUUUUGGUCUAAGAAUAUUUCAAUAACAAUAAUUGGCUUGCCAGCUGCUGGCAAAACCACUUUGGUCAGAGCUUUAGCAAAUCAAGAUACAGAAGAAUACAUAGUUCCUACGAUUGGAGCUUCAAACUCAAAAGUCACAAUUGGCAGAGUUAACAUCGAUGUUCAUGAUAUGAGUGGUAAUAAGAAAUCAAGACCUUUAUGGGAUGAAUAUUGCAAUCGUGCCGACGUUAUUCUUUAUGUUAUUGACUCUUCUGACCAAGAAGCAGUUACUGCAAGCGAAAUCCAACUCUCUGAAAUACUACAUAGUGAAUCACUAUUACAAAAGCCAAUUUUAGUUAUUGCAAAUAAGCAAGACUUACCAGAAUCUCUAAAAAGCGAUGAUAUCAUGGCACGCAUGAAAUUGGAGAACAUUCAAGAUCGAGUAGUUAAGCUAUUCUGCAUCUCUGCUAAGAAAAAGACAAAUAUUGAUUCAAUUAUUAAUUGGAUUGUCAACGAAUUUUAA